AUGUCUACCUAUUUCUGGUGUUCCUCAUUUCGAAGACAACAAAUUUGCUAUAUUAUUUUCUUCAUCUAUUCCUCCCUAAUUUUCCUGCCAUUGUCUGAAUCAGUGUACUUCGAGUUCACUAUUUUUCGUGUGGGCAAAACUAGUAUAGUAUAUUCAGGAGCUACCAAACCAUCUGGUGGAGCCAUUGAAUUCAACGAAGUCAAUAUUUUCAAUCGUGUUGGCCAUGCGAAUUACGCAGAUGCAGUCCAGAUAUGGGACAGCAAAUCUAACAAGCUAACAGAUUUCACCACUCAUUUCACUUUCAUCGUCAAGAUGCAACCUUUAGAAGACCUUGGCCAUGGCUUAGCUUUCUUUCUUGCUCCGGUUGGCUUCCAAAUCCCACCGAACUCAGAUGCUGCCAAUUUAGGCUUGUUCAACACAAGAAAGUUCUUCCUGAGUGGGUCACAAUUGGAUUUUCGGCUGCCACUAGUAGAGCUCGUGAGAGACAUAUCCUUCAAUAUUCAUAAAGUUGAAGAUACGUCAAAGAAAAGGAAACUAGCAGUGGGCUUAACGGUCCCUCUGGGUGUUCUAGCUGUAGGAGUCGUAAUCACAUGGGAUUUAUUUUGGCAUAAAGAAGAUAAGCCUAGUCAAAAGUCACUAGAGUCAGUUGCGUUGACAUCGACAAACCAUGAUCUGGAAAAAGGAGAAGGACCUAAGCGAUUUUCUUAUGAGAAUCUCAUGUUAGCUACCAACAACUUCUCUGCUGAUCAGAAGUUGGGUGAAGGAGGAUUCAGGUGUGUCUACAAGGGGUACUUAUCCGGUGAACGAAUGCAAGUUUCUAUCAAGAAAAUUUCACAUGGUUUAAAAUAG